AUGGACGACUUUGAGUUUGACCUCUACAACCCCACGUCCGGCAACCUCAGCGUCAAGGACGGCAACUUUGUCGACUCGGAGGGACGUGUUGUCCAGCUCCGCGGUGUCAACGUCAGCUCGUCGGCCAAGGUUCCCAACUCGCCUCUCCCCAAGAUCCACCAGCAUGCACAGGGCAGCUACGUGAACCGCCCCUUCCCCGUUACCGAGGCUCCAGAGCACUGGGCCCGCCUGGCAUCGUGGGGUCUGCACUUCAUCCGCAUUAACGUGACUUGGGAUGCCAUUGAGCACGCCGGUCCAGGCGAGUACGAUACCGAGUACCUCGCCUACCUCCGCGAGCUGCUCGCGAGCCUCAAGGGCACCGGCCUCGUCGCCUACGUUUCGGUCCACCAGGAUGUCUGGUCGCGCUACUCUGGCGGAUCUGGGGCGCCCGGAUGGACGCUCGAGCUCGCGGGCUUCGACCUGAGCAACGACGGCAAGGCGCUCGAGGACUCUGGCGCGGCCGUCCUCCACGGCGUCAAGGGUGGCCGCCUCGAGGGUGAGCGUGGUCUCUGGCCCACGGGUUACCAGAAGCUCGCGUGUGCGACGAUGAACACGCUCUUCUGGGGCGGUGAGACCUUUGCCCCCACGCUCAAGGUCGGCCCCAAGGGCAUCAACAUUCAGUCGUACCUCCAGGACGCUUUCCUCGGCGCCUACGACCAGCUCGUCCAGGCCGUCGGCGACCUCGACACUGUCAUGGGCUUUGAGAUGAUGAAUGAGCCUCACCCGGGUUACAUUGGCAUGGCCACAAUUGACAAGUGGAACUACAACACUGACCUGCACCUCGGCCAGUACCCUUCGCCCUUGCAGGGCAUGUCGCUUGGUGCGGGCCACCCCACCCUCGUGUCGACCUACGUCCGCUCCUUCCCACACCCUACUCGUGUCAAGUCCAAGGCGGUCGCCAACCUGAACAAGGCCACGGCGUGGCGCUCGGAUGGUCCCACCGCUGGCCAGUGUCCUUGGGAGAAGGAAGGUGUCUGGAAGUGGAGUGCCGAGAAGAACCUCGGCAUUGCCCUCCAGGAAGACUACUUUAGCAAGGACCGAUCGGGCAAGCCCAUCGAGUUUUACCAGGACUUUUACUUCCCCUUCAUUCGCAAGUGGGAGUCGGUUGUCGCCAAGCGCGAGCCCACCAAGGCCUUUAUGCUCGAGCCCCUCCCCAACGAGUAUGCUCCCCACUGGCCCGAGGACGUCCGUCCCAAGAACUUUGUCUUUGCCCCACACUGGUACGACCUCCACACCAUGUUCACCAAGAAGUUUGGCAACUUUACGGUCAACGUGCAGGGUCUCGCGCGCGGCAUGUUCCCCCUCCGCGCCGUCUACUGGGGUGAGGAGGGUGUCAAGGACAACUAUGCCCGUCAGAUCCGCACCCUUGUCAAGGAAGCUCGCGAGCGUAUCGGCAACGUCCCCAUCGUCUUUGGCGAGUGUGGCAUUCCGAUUGACAUGAACUACGAGGAGGCAUUCAAGACUGGCAACUGGAAGUGGCAGGAGCGCAUGCUCGACGCCCUCAUCACCGCCAUGGAGCUGUCGCUCGUCCACUUCAACCUGUGGUCGUACAACCCCGACAACCGCGACGACGUGGGCGACGACUGGAACGCCGAAAACUUCAGCUGGUACAGCAACGACAACCGCCAAAAGGUCCUUGCGGCGCUGCCGGCCGCCGAGGCCGCCGUGGCCGCUACCAGCCCGGACACGGGCGCGCGCCUCCUCGACGUCCUUGUCCGCCCCUACGCCGUCGCUGUCGCCGGCGACCUCCUGGCCUCGCACUACGAGCGCGAGACGCAGCUCUUCCGCCUGCGGUGGAAGGACCUGCCCCAGCAGCUCAAGGACGCCAACGCCUCGCCCCCUACGGAGCGCGUCACCGAGGUCUUCCUCCCUUCGCGCGUGUACGGCGGCAAGUUUAGGUGGAACCUGUCGCCCAAUGGCCACUGCAGGAUUGACCACGAGCGCCAGCGCGCGUUCGUCUGGUUUGACGACGACGCCGAGUCGGUCAUGUACAAAAAGCACAUGAUCCGCACGUUUGACAUCUGGACGCAGGAGCCAGAGGACAAGGCGACGUGGGGCGCCAGGCUUGGUCUCCUGUUCGUCCUCCUCAUUGCCGCUUUGGCCUUUGCCAACGAGUUCAAGGCUUACAAGACCGGCUCGGGAUGGGUCCAGCUGCACACCAUGUAG